GCGUCCCGUUGAUCGUACCGGAAGUGUCUCUCACUGUUAGCCUAUCCCGGCUACCUUCGGACCGACACUGAAUCACAACGCACUGAUUUCGACUUGAAAAUGAUGAAAUUUCUACCCAAAUUGCUGCUGCUCCUGCUAUUAGCCUUCCCGGCGACCCUCCUCAUCAAAGGGCCGGAGGUGAACGCCCAGGAUCUGACGGAGGACGAGGAGGCUGAGACUGUGGACGAAGACGCUGUGGACGAUGUGACCGCUGAGGACGAGGACGAUGAGGCCGAAGUGGAAGAUGAUGAAAAUGCAGAACUGACGGAAGAAAAAGAAGAUGAAGAAGAAGAAGCGCUGGUUGGAGAAGUGAAGGCGUCGCCCAACGCUGACACCACCAUCCUGUUCGUCAAAGGAGAAGACUUUCCAGCCAACAACAUCGUCAAGUUCCUGCUCGGCUUCACCAACAAGGGCUCAGAGAACUUUAUCGUGGAGUCUCUGGAUGCUUCCUUCCGUUACCCACAGGAUUAUCAGUUCUAUAUCCAGAACUUCACCGCCCUCCAGCUCGGCAUCGUGGUUCCUCCCAGCAGACAGGCCACCUUCGAGUACUCCUUCAUCCCCGCGGAGCCGAUGGGCGGCCGGCCGUUCGGUCUGGUCAUCAACCUCAACUACAAGGACAGCAACGGAAACAUUUUCCAGGACGCCGUGUUCAACCAGACAGUCACCGUCACGGAAAGAGAGGACGGACUUGACGGAGAAACGAUCUUCAUGUACGUCUUCCUCUCUGGUCUCGGGCUCCUCGUCAUCGUUGGGCUUCACCAGCUGCUGGAGUCCAGGAAGAGGAGACGUCCGGCUCCAAAGGUGGAGAUGGGAACUUCCAGCCACAACGACGUGGACAUGAGCUGGAUCCCCCAGGAAACGCUGAACCAAUUCAUGCAGAGUCGUAGAGAGAAAAACUCUCCAAAAGUUCCUCACAAAAGGCACCAGAAACGCUCGGCCGGUUCAGACGAGUGACGGGAACCGGACAGGACGGAGACGAGACUUAAACAGCCUGUCGGUGGAGGAGGAGGAGGAGGAGGAGGAGGAGGAGGAGGUGCAGAGGAUGGAGAGGAUGGAGGAGUAUGAGGGCUGUGAGUUCCACCCAGAGCCCCUUCAGCUGAGAAACUUUAACCAGUGCCAAUCACAGCGAUGGAUGCUCCACACACACACACACACACACACACACACACACACACACACACACACACCUUUAAUGGCGGCGUCACGUGAGCGAGGACCCGGAGGCAGAUGAUGUCGGGUGUUUUCCAGCCGUCGCUGACUCGUCGUAACGAGACGCCGCUGAUCGUCUGGUUCAGGCUGAAACAAACUUUGAUUUACAGCAAACGAAUCAGAAACAAAUCAUCUUUGACUCUUUCACCUUCUUCUGUCUCUGGUUGUUUGGUUACUGGUUAGUCUGAGCCCUGCUCCGCCGGAGCCACCGUAACAAAUGCAGUUUUUUUGUUCGUUUUUUGUAGAUUCUGUCAUUUUUGAUUUCAGAGAUUUCUUCUUCUUUUUUUUUACCAGCUGUUUUCUUGCCUUCGCUCUCUUCCCUCCACAGAUGUUGCUCAGAGUUUUUUGUUUUUUACGACCCUGUGAGAGCUCAGUGCCGUCCUCGUCUUUGGAUUUCUUUUCUUAUUUUUGAGCUUGUUGAAUGUUUUGGGGGAAAUGACAGAAAUAAAAGCAUUAACUCUGUGGCUGAAGUGAAGUGAGGACGAUGGGGGACGAGGGGGAGGUUUCCUCCCUCCACAUGUGCCUGGUUUCCUGUUUCAUUCUGGCUUCUCUCCUCAAGCAGCUUGUUGGAAAUCAGAAAACUAGUGAUUUUGUUGUGUUGUGUGUUUUUUGGUCUCUAGACUGUAAACUGUCAAACUGGCUGAUGCACUGGUGUAAAUACCGGCUAAUGGAUUCUGGCAAAAUUACCCAGCUAAUUUAUUCAAGUGGGCUUCACAUGGGUGGGAUGGUGCUGUGAGUGGGGGGGGGGGGGGGGGUGUAUACUGUAUGUGUUUACUUUUACCACUGGGGGGCGCUACUGACUCACUGUGCAGACCUGGAGUCCCUCACAGCUCCUGAUUCUGACACCACUCCCACAUCCGACGCUGAGCUCACGUUCAGGUUUCAGGCUCGUAGUUUUAUUUGCUUUUAAACGUGCAGGAAAAUAAACUGAGAUGAUUUGCUGUA